AUGCCAAUCACUCUGAUUGGAGCAGAAAAGCAGUCAUCCAGUUACCAGGUAUAUACCUGGAGAAAAGACACGCUCUCUCUGCCCAGCGGAAGUCAUAUAUUUGUCAUUGAGCAGGACUCGUGUUGUUGUUUUUGUUUUUUCUGGAGGGGGGGUUGUUUAUUACCUCUGGUGUUUAACAACCGGACGCCUGAUAUGGAUGCUGUCUCUCCAACCUUGCGGACAGAGUCUCCUGUCGGGACGCUGUGCCAGAAGACGCCAGAGGAGGCGAGCUCUCCGGCGUCCUCCUCAGAGAGCGGUGCCAAGGAGGUCAGCCAAGACGUCAGUGCUCAGGACAAUCCAUUUGUUCCAACUGUUACAGCAAUAUCCUCCACCCCAGAUUUCCAGUGGAUGGUCCAGCCUACGAUUAUUACAUCUGUCUCCCCGUCUCUGGGCAGCCAGCAAGCCAAUGAACCGCAAAGCUCUCACCAGGCAACACCCAAAGCAGGCGGGAGCAAGGGGAAAAAUGCUGCCAGAAAGGGGAAAGCGGAGCAGCUGUCUCCAGAGGAAGAGGAGAAGAAGAGGAUAAGGAGGGAGAGGAAUAAAAUGGCUGCAGCGAAGUGCCGCAACAGACGGAGGGAACUCACAGACACGCUGCAAGCUGAGACAGACAAGCUGGAGGAGGAAAAGGCAUCCCUGGAGACGGAGAUAGCCAACCUGCUCAAAGAGAAGGAGCGCCUUGAAUUUAUCCUUGCCACACACAAACCUGUGUGCCAGAUGCCAGACGAGCUGGAGUCCAUCUUACAGGCCGGCUCAGACGGUUCCCCGGAGCUGCCGCCCAGUCCAGACGAGGACAGGCUUCAGGAGGAAGGCAUCCAGGAAACUCCCUCCCUCCAGGACAUGGACAUCCCCAGUGACCCGUCCACGGCCAUCUCUGGGAACUCCAACAUCUUACUGUGCGCCAACGCUGAAAUCAACAUCUCCGACCUCGAGCCCUCCCUGGACAUUAAGGAGGGGCUGCUGGACAACAUGCUGCCCAGUUUGGAGGACAGGAUCCCCAUGGAGACGGCCCGGUCCGUGCCCGACAUCGACCUGAGCAGCUCCCUCGGAGUCUCGGACUGGGAGACCCUGUACAAGUCCGUCUCCUGCGACCUGGAGCCUCUCAGCACUCCGGUGGUGACCUCCACCCCCACCUGCAGCAGCUGCCUGUCUGUGUUCACGUUUGCGUGUCCCGACCUGGACUCUCUCACAGAGGAGGGACUGGACAGCCUUAAAGGUGGUCUGAGCAAGGCUGAAUCUGUUGAUAUCCUCAACUCUCCAACUCUUCUCGCCUUAUAAUGCACAAAGGGGAAGUGACAUGCCUGAUCUCUCUCUCUCUCCGUUUUUUUUUCUGUUUGCAGGUACCUGACUUUAAAACGAAAUCAACGACGUAUGCCCGAAUAUGCUGUAACCUUUUCAAGGAAUACCUAAACGAAUUGUGUUGUGUUUGACCGACUUAGCAUAUAAACGUUGUCCUGAUACUUAGCCAACAGAGUGAUGUAGCUAAAAGCAUGGCUGUUGAUUCGACACGAGAGACUGACGUUUUGAUUUUUAAAACGCAUGCAGAGAAAAAUCCAAAUAAUUUUCAAAAGCUUGUCUAUAAGUAUUCACGAUCUGUUACUAGAUCUAAACUGUGCUGUGCAAAAUUUGGUGUAUCUGUGUGGUGUUUUCUGUGCCAAAAGUGUAAAACAAAUCGCUGUAUGUAUUUACGUAUUCAUCCAUACCUCAGUGUCAUCAGCUGUGCUUUGACCUCAUUGUUGAAAGUUUUCCAUGAAAACAUCCAGUGUUAUACACUAUAUAUUAAUAUAUAUAUAUAUAUAUCUUAUUGAGAUGUAACUUUUAUUUAUUUUUUUACCUUUAAGAUUUUGAUGUAUUUAAGAUUUUAAAAAAAGAGCAUUGAUUGCUUAUCUAUGCCGAUGACUAAUAAUAAAUCUAUGUUCCCAAUGGUGUUUGCUGCUGAUGUCUUUGACAAAAAAAUAUUUUUUUUUUAUCCUUGGAUAAAGAUUUUGGCUCUCA